AUGAUUCGUCAAGACGCUCAUCGGAUCGACUCAAAGCGCCGGGCUAUCAUUGAUCCCAAGAAGAGACAGUUUGCCACACCAGUCUACAAGCAACAGGAGUACCCGCACCGUCUGAAUCUGUACGACACGCCGCCCACGGCCGAGAUCACGCUUGAGCAAUUUGAGCAAUGGGCUAUUGACCGGUUGAAGGUCCUCGCCGAGAUUGAAGCAUGCUCCUACCGCAACAAGACCCCCGCGGAGACCGCAACACACAUCACACCCCUUCUAGACAAAUAUCUUCCCCUUGGCUCCAACACUUCGGCUUCCAACGGUACUGUGGACCAGCGUUUGAAAAAUGAGCGGCAAAAGGACCACUACUCCCACUUUAUCCUUCGGUUGGCAUUCUCGGCCACCGAGGACCUCCGUCGACGAUUUGCACGCGCCGAAACAAUGCUCUUCCGAUUCCGUUUCCAAAAGGAUGACUCGCGAGAACGACGAGCAUUCAUUGAGAGCUUGAAUUUGGACUGGGAAUCCGUGAGUGAGGAGGAACGGAAUGAGUUGGCGGACCACCUGAUCAGCUCGACACCAGGACUACGUAGACUGGAUGAGGAGACAUGGUAUAAGGUGGACUGGGAAAAGGUCCCCGAGCUGGUCGAACGGCGCUCGGUGUUCCUGAAGAAGGGUAAGGCCUAUGUUCCGGGGAGAGAGCAGCUUGCCAUGAUCAUGGCCGAAUUCACUGCGCGCCUAGAAAGGUCCCUUGAGCUUACGAGCCGAGCCCUGCCUCGUUUAGAUGAGGAUGACCGUCUAACCCCAAUCUUGAAUCACCUUUCCAAAAACUUCGGUAGCGCCGACUCUACGUUCACUGAGGGCGAGGGACAUGUUGAUGGGACGGCGAUUACAGCCAGCUCCAUCGAUCAACUCUCCCAGCACUUCCCACUCUGCAUGCGAAGCUUGCACAUGAACUUACGCAAGAAUCACCACCUGAAGCACUUUGGACGACUUCAGUAUACACUCUUCCUCAAGGGCAUCGGUCUCUCAUUAGAAGAGUGCAUUUUGUUCUGGCGCCAGUCUUUCCGGGGCAAGACAGAUGAUGAGUUCAACUCUCAAUAUAAGUACAAUAUCCGCCACGCCUAUGGUGAUGUCGGUGGUGAUGCCCGUCGGGGUCGUGGAUAUCCACCCUAUUCUUGCCAGAAAGUCUUGGGUGAUAACAACGUCGGUAUUGGUCAAUCGCACGGAUGCCCAUACCGUCAUUAUUCAGUCGAUAACCUGGUUGGACUGCUUCAGACAACAGGCGUUAAUGAUAAAGGCAUCUUGCGUGAGGUACGAGAGGAUGUGGGCAAACAACGAUAUCACAUUGCCUGCAAUCGCGUUUUCGAAUUUUCGCACAAGAACGAGAUUAAAAAGGUUAAGGAAGAUGGGACAUGGAGCCAAGCUGACCUGGAUACCAUUGUGCAUCCCAAUGUCUAUUUCAAGCGCAGCUACUUGCUGAAGCAGCUGGCCAAGGCUCCUGGUCGAGACUAG